GACUCCGGAGCCUGAAUUUGCCAUCGCUCUACUAUCGGCGCCGACGAGGCGACAUGAUCUCGGUUUACCAGGUGCUUCGACGGGGAGUGGAUGUUGACCCAUCUCAGUUCUUCACUGCGGCGACGACGACCAGAACUCGAGGGCAUGAGUGGAAGCUGUCCAAGCCAAGAGCUGUCUCCAGAGUGCGGCGGAACGCCUUCAGCAUACGAGUCCUGAACGACUGGAACUCUCUGCCAUCCGCUGUCGUCGAUGCGCCCUCAGUCAAUAGCUUCAAGGCCAGGCUUGACGAACACUGGGCUCACGCCAAGUUCACCAUACAUUCCAACGACUGAUGCAGUGACACACUGACACAAAGCUCGUCACGUCCGGAUCCAAGAGGCCAAAAGGCCUUCCUAAAUUCCGCAUUUUAUAAGUAUAAAAAUUGAUAUGGAUACAGAUAGUGCAAUGGAAGUUGAUUUAACUGGAGACUCUGCAUCAGCAGAGCCGAGUCUACCAGAAAACAACAGCCCAGAUCUUAUGAGAGAAGGUUUCAAAUACUUCAAAAGAAGAAAGCCCCCACCUGAUCUCUCAAAUGUCAUUGACUUUGACCAAUGUGAAGCAGAAGGCUUGCAUCAGCAUGGGAAUGUUAAACCGUACCAAUUGCUGAUCCCAGAUGAUCCCACUGCCUUCCAAGAACUGGGAUUGAUCCACCCACAAGAAUGGAAGGCAUUCUCCUUGGAAUCACAUCCAGGUAUGAUCCUGCUACGUAACCCGUUCACUCCGGCCGGCCAGCGCCACUGGGCCGGCCGCUGUGUGCGAGACCUGCCCGGUCACCCUAACAAGACCAACCUGGACGCCCAGGGUCUGCUGCCACCUGGCGGUAACUGGUGGAAACACUGCCUCGAUGGAGCAGACUGGGAGCGUCUGAAGAAGCUGCGCUGGGUGACGCUCGGGUUCCACCACGACUGGGAGACCAAGCUGUAUAACCUGUGCGACCGUUCGCCGUUCCCGUCCGACCUGGCCCGGCUGGCCUCUCUGCUGGCCGGAUGUGUCGGCUGGCCCAGCUACUCGCCAGAGGCGGCCAUCGUCAACUUUUACCACUGGGACUCGACGCUGGCGCCGCACACGGACCACUCCGAGUGGGACAUGACGGCGCCGCUCCUCUCCCUGAGUUUCGGCCAGUCGGCGGUGUUCCUGCUGGGCGGCCGGGACCGCUGCCAGGCUCCGGUGGCGCUCUACCUCCGCAGCGGAGAUGUGCUGGUGAUGGCCGGCCCCAGUCGGCUCAGCUACCACGCCGUGCCGCGCCUGAUGCCCGCCACAGACGCACGAUGGCACGACGGUAAGCGUAAGCUGAGUGCCGACUGCUGCGGCCAGCCGAAACUGGCCCGGGUGGCCGCCGCGGCCAACGGUGACGUCACCCACCACCGUGACGUCAUCCGGUGUGAGUGUGAGUCCGGGGGCGGCGGCGGCGGCACGGACCCGGUCAUAGAGUACCUGAGCCGGAGCCGGAUCAAUGUCAAUGUCAGACAGGUGUUCCCCAGGGGUCUGAUGCUCCGUCCCGAGGACCCGUGAGCUCGCGACGGAGGGGUGAGAGGGAGGGAGGGGUUGACGUGGCUGUGGGGGUCGAUGGGGUAGUUGUGACGCGUCGUGUACCAGUCGAUUUUGCACCAGUCGAUUUUGCGACUGGUAGAUAGUAUUUGUACACUGCACAACUACUCAGUCAAGUGAAGGAAUUUAAACUGGCGAAACCAUGGCGGGGAACGACGGCUGCAGUUGCCGUCCUCAGAAUGACGUUUUCCUCGACACCGAUUGGCAUAACAGAUUGAAAGUUCGGGAUCUGAGGACAGCAGCGGGGGUUGUAUCGCGGUGUGUUUAGUAGAGUUAGUUGGUUUUGGUCAGGUUGCGACAUGACUGACCAACAGGCAUCGGUAAAAUCCUUUUUGAAAGGAUUGCAUUCCCAAUCCACAUUCCUAGUGCCGAAGUGGAUUGCAUUCCUACCCGCAAUCCCCUUUUUUCACUUGGGUUGUGAUCAAAUCCGCAAUCCUUUUUUUGCAAUCCUGUUGUAUUAUUAUGUGCACUAGAGGAUCUGAAGGAGGGAGGGGGGCAUAGGGCCGUGCCUCCAUCCCCAAAUCCCCCAUUUCUAGUACCUAGUCUUGCGAGUAAUUCCUUUCUAAGGCACAGGUAUUUUAUGGGAAAUACAGGGUCUUUCAUAAUGAAUGUUACUUUUGAACAUUUAGUUAGGAGCUCUUAAUUUAUCACUUCCGCGUGAAUUUUAUAUGCGUAUUAUUGCAAAUUGAUUAGGGUUUUGUUCCAAAAAAUAAAAAAAUUCACAACGCCAAUUUUCUUUCACGCAAAAGCAGAGUAUGUCGACACCACCAAAACGCAUUACGGAUUACGGUCGACGGACAAGUCUUCAGCCAUUGGCUCUCCCCUGGGUCAACACUGAACGGGGUGGCUUACCUCAGGCUGCUCAAGGAAUGCUUCUGCCUCAGGUCAGGGACAAGGUUCAAAGAGACGGCCUGUGGUUCCAGCAGGAUGGUGCCACAGUGCACACCACGGCAGCUGUUGCGCCAGUGGCUGAUCGAAAAUUUCGAAGAGCGCGUUAUCAGCCGCCUCACCGAGCGACCAUGGCCACCACGGAGUCCUGACCUCUCCCCGCUGGACUACUGGUUUUGGGGAGUCGCAUUGGCUGAUCUGAGACAAAACCCUCCUGCAGCCAUCCACUGCGAACCACAUUGGAAGGGUUUGCUGGAAGCCUGGACCCAGACGUUGUGAGGCGCGGGGUGCGACACCUUCAUCAGAGGGCCGAAACGUGUGCCUUAAUUAAGGGCGAUCAGUGGAAAAUUCCUGAGGAGUAUUAAAAUGAAAGUUGUGUGUGCAAAAACGCUAAUGUGUUUCUGUUUCAUGUGAUGGUACAUAUUACAUGAGGAACAUAUAUGUCCUGAGAAAUAGCUCUUUCAAAAGUAACAUUCAUUAUGAAAGACCCUGUAUGUUUUGCCUCAAACACCCCCACAUGUAAACCUCUACCCAACCAGUGUUUUAUAUUUUUAAAACUCGCCCUAAAAUACGUAAUUUUGCCCUUCCUAUAUAGUUCAUCAGCGUAUAUUAUUUGAGCGUUUAAAUUAAAAGCGUUUAAAUUAUUUCAAGUUUCGAUGUAAAGCCCUUGAUAGCAAAUUACAUUAGGCCGAUGAAGCCGAUCUCAUAAUUUUCAAUCGCAACAAACCAUUUCAAAGCACUAAUCAAACACAAUCCGGAUUGGAUUGCAAAAAUUGGAAGUAUGAUGCAAUCCAAUCCGCAAUCAAAUCCUGUUUUUUGGAAUGGAUUUCAAAUCCAGGUGCAAUCCACCAAAAAGGAAUGCAAUCAGGAUUUUGCAAUCCUGCAAUCACAAUCCUACCGAUGCCUGCUGACCAAUGACCAUCGUGUUUUCCUUGAGUGGUAGCUUUCAGUAGGUCUAUUUUUUCUACAAAACGCCAACUGCCGUUUUGCAGGAUGUGUGCCUUAAUGUGGCUUGUUUCGCCCUCACGCAUAAUUGUUUUUGAGCUGCCAUCUUUGUAUGACGAAUAGCUCGACGCUUGUUCGCGUGGGGCUGGUCCCAAGACGCAGGUGUGUUAUUCUCGCUUUAUUCUAUGAUGCAUAACAUUGAUCCAUGGUUUUAUGUCCGCUUUUGAUGGCCUACCUAGACAUUCAGAGAUGUCUCUGUCAGUGGCUCAAGGAACCCACGUAUAUCUUACGUGGGUAAUUUUGAGGUGCCAUUUCACUGCAGUUUCGCUUGCAUGUGACUAUACCAUGACAAUAGCUGUGUAUAAUGUACAGUCACCAGCACUUGCUACUAAUCACCUCGUUUUUGUUCAGCAGUUUGAAGACCGAUCAAUUCUCAGUCGAGCAAGAUGCGUCAAACGAUCG